AUGAGACUAUUCAGCUUGCCUUCGCGGUGCAUCUGCCGAAGAAUCUUAAGCACAGCGUUGGAUCCCUUUGACGGUACGCCCUGCUCGCCUAGGAACACUCUGGAUGAUAACUCGUCGAGCGCGUACCCGUCUUCGAUGAAGAGCCUCAUGAAGGCCACGAGCUGCUUGGAAUCCGAUUUCUUGUGCUUAUUAGUACUCUGCCAUCCACGCGGAACAGCCGUGUACCACGCAAACCACGUGUCAACAAGCGGUAUUGUCUUGGAUCGACGGCGACGCUUUACUGGUACGAUUUCAUCUUCGUCUCUUACUCGCUUGGCUUGA